UCGAAAUUGUACCGGCGAUUCUUGUUUAUCCGGUGAGGGUUUCGGCUUCGCCUUCUUUGGGGACGAUUUAUGAGGAAGAUGACGAGUUUAACCGCGGCGGUGGCACUUUCACCAUCACUAUCCUCCCCACAGUUACCGACUACCUGAUCCUUUGAUUGGAUCUCCGAUGAUGCCUCCUCCUUACGUCGAGCACCCCGUCACGGUUCGUAACGAGGUUAAUCUAAAGAAGGAGACUUUAAGCCUCGAACCCGACCCGGAGAAUCCGAACCGUCUUCUCGUCUCCUUCACGUUUGAUGCUUCCAUGCCCGGAAGGAUCACAGUCGUUUUCUUUGCUAAAGAAGAAGCAGAAUGCAAUCUUAGAGCCACAAAGGAAGAUACUUUGCCUCCAAUCACAUUCGAUUUCGGUAAAGAACUUGGUCAGAAGUUCAUACAACCAUCCGGAACAGGUAUAUACUUGACGGUAUUUGAAGAUUCCGAGCUAUUCAAGGCCUCAGAAACAGAUGUCUACCCGCUUGGGGUUAAGGCGGAGGCUGAAGGAAACUCGGGUUCCACGGAUGCGCAGAUUACUUUAGUAACCACCUAUGUUAAGCAGAAAGAAGAGAUUAAGAUAGGAGUGGUGAAGCAGUAUCUGAGGACGAAUGGGUUUCGUUAUGAGUUGCAAGAGGUAUAUGGGAUGAGGAACAACGUUGAUGGUUGUUGCUAUGAGGGAAAAGAAUGUGUUAUAUGCUUGUCUGAACCACGCCAUAUAGCUGUUCUUCCUUGCAGACACAUGUGUAUGUGCAGCGGGUGCGCCAAAGCGUUAAGGUUUCAGGCAAAUCUGUGUCCAGUUUGCAGGCAGCCUAUAGAGUGGUAUAUGGAAACUAGGGCAGAAGGGUAACGAGUAACAACAAUGAGGAGAAUAGAGAUGGAGAUAGAGCAUUUUUAGUGGAAACUGAGUUUUUAACAAAUAUGCAAGGCGAGAUUGAGUUUACAUUGGUUUAGUCUACAAACACACCUCUGGUUCCUAGAGUUUGAAGUAUGUUGAUGCAGUCUGGUUUCUGGUUGGAGCAGCGGAGGAAAAGCUCAUCCACGUAGCAAAUGGCUCCUGUAUCCAACAGAACAGUUACGAACUUCAUUUCCACUGGGCUUGUGUUCAUUCUUAAGAAUCACAAAGUCUGCGUAUUUCGUAGUUUCCUCAAACCAAGCAAUGAAAUCGAAACCCCCGUCUUCUGGAAAUGGUUCUAGCUGUUCAAGCAGAGUUAUCUUUUUGCCUGUAGAGUUGUCCUCAGCCAAAUCCGGAUGGUAGACAAAGGUGAUGCCGGGUUUCUUGACAUACGAUGGCAUUACUGAAGUGCUGUGGUCGACAAAGUAGACGUUAAAAGCUUUGCUGUCAAGUGGGUAUGACGGUAAGAACCAGUUUGGAGUUAAUUUAGUAUCCAUAUGCUCGGCUGCUCCAAAUGUCAAUAUAGACAAACCUCUUCUUUAGAGAGAGAUCAAGAAAUUUAAGUUUUGUGAAAGUAAAAAACUCUCAAAAUUGAUUUAAGUUUUGGAUCGAACACCGAGUCGAGUGGUGGCCACACAGUUUGGCAGAGUUGGGCCAAGUUUUGGGCCUUCCAUGUAAUAGAAUGCUAAUAUUUAAAAAUAUGAGAUGAGACUGAUUAAUAUCAAGUUUUGCUUCAAGAGUGAUGAAUGCAACAUGAGUUGUAUUCAAAACCAGUUAACAAGGGUCUUUCGGUACGCUACUACCAUCUUUCUAGUCAUUUUUAUCGGAACAUUAAUUAUACAUUUUGUCGGUUUGAGGUAUUACGUUGUCAAGAGAUCGAUCCACUUUAUAUGGUCAUCGGUGUGAUGCGUGUACCUUAUUUUUUUGCCUUAUCCAACAUAUUUCUUAGUUUUGUGCCAACGUAACUACCAUAUGCCGCAUUUGAAUGUUGCUCUUAUCUA